AACAGAAUGCCUAAGCAAGUGGAGGUGAGGAUGCAUGAGAGCCACCUGGAGCCUGUGGACCCCCUUCCUGAGCCCAUGUGUGGGGGCCUCUGCCAGAAGCUGUCUGAGAACUUGCUGCUCACGUUCACAGUCCUGGGUGUGAUUGUGGGGUCUGUGACUGGAACACUCUUGCGCUAUGUCUCGCCCCUCCCUGCUGAUGUAAUCAUGAUCAUUGCCUUCCCUGGAGAAAUUCUCAUGAGGAUGCUGAAGAUGGUCAUUCUGCCUCUCAUCAUAUCUAGUCUAAUCACAGGACUUGCUGGAUUAGAUGCUAAAUCUAGUGGACGUCUAGGCACUAGAGCCAUGGUCUACUAUAUGUCUACCACAAUCAUCGCAGCUAUACUUGGCGUGAUCCUGGUCCUAGCCAUUCACCCAGGCAACCCAAAACUGAAAGCCCGACUCGGGGAAGGCAACAAGAACGAUGAGGUUUACAGUUUGGAUGCCUUCUUGGACCUCAUCAGGAACCUCUUCCCUGAGAAUUUGGUUCAGGCUUGUUUCCAGCAGAUGCAAACUGUCGCAAAGAAGGUGGAGGUAAUUCCAGAUUACACAGAAGAAGUGAAUGCCACCAUGGAUGACUUCCUGCUCGAUGGCACCAGGCCCCCGCCCCAGCCUGUGUUUGUCACUAAAAAGUCCUUUCAGUUCAAGGGUGGAAUGAAUGUACUAGGCCUUAUCGGCUUCUUCAUUGCAUUUGGGAUCACCAUGGGGAAGAUGGGGGAGAAGGCCAGGCUGAUGCUGGACUUCUUCAACAUCUUGAAUGAGAUCGUCAUGAGACUGGUUACUAUGAUUAUGUGGUAUUCACCUUUGGGUAUUGCCUGCCUGAUUUGUGGAAAGAUCAUCUCCAUCAAAGACCUGGAGGUGGUGGCCCGGCAGCUGGGCAUGUACAUGGUGACAGUCGUUGUGGGUCUUAUCAUCCACGGCGGCAUAUUUCUGCCUCUCAUCUACUUUGUCAUCGUCAAGAAAAAUCCCUAUACCUUCUUUAUGGGCAUCUUCCAGGCAUGGAUCACUGCUCUAGGGACAGCAUCCAGUGCUGGCACUCUGCCUGUCACUUUCCGAUGCCUAGAGGAAAACCUGGGCAUCGAUAAGAGAGUAACACGUUUUGUGCUCCCUGUUGGUGCCACCAUCAACAUGGAUGGUACUGCACUUUAUGAGGCUGUGGCGGCCAUCUUUAUUGCACAGAUGAAUGGUAUCUACUUAGAUGGGGGUCAAAUUGUCACAGUCAGUCUAACUGCUACCCUGGCCAGUGUGGGGGCCGCCAGCAUUCCCAGUGCUGGACUAGUGACCAUGCUUCUGAUCCUGACUGCAGUGGGGCUGCCCACUCAAGAUAUCAGCCUUCUGGUCGCUGUGGACUGGCUCCUGGAUAGGUUCCGAACAUCUGUCAAUGUGGUGGGUGACUCCUAUGGUGCGGGCAUUGUGUACCACCUGUCGAAAGAGGAGCUGGACAACCUUGACGCCCAUCAGACGAGGUUCGACGACAUCGAGAUGUCUCAGACGCAAUCCUACUAUGACGAUCUCAAAAACCACCAUGAAAACAACACCAACCAGUGUGUUUAUGCUGCUCACAACUCAAUCCUGGUAGAUGACUGCAAGGUAACCAUGUCCACAAAUGGCUCCACUGCGGAGUUCUCUCUUGUUGAGGAAGAACCAUGGAAACGUGAAUAA